GGCCGGCGUUCUUCCGAGGGCGUCACCCAGGCUGGGCUGGGGGCGGAGCUAGGAGAUGGCGUCUGGAGCCGCUCGCUGGCUGGCCUUGGUCCCCGUCCGAUCCCGGGUCCGCCGGAGCGGGUCGACCUUGAGGCCAGGAGGCGAUGUCUCCGCCGGACAGGGCGGCUCAGGUGGGAGCCUGGUUCCGUCGAGGUCAGUCAUCGUUACUCGCAGCGGCGCCAUUUUGCCCAAGCCCGUGAAAAUGUCCUUUGGCCUUCUCCGUGUGUUCUCCAUCGUGAUCCCCUUUCUCUAUGUCGGGACCCUCAUUAGCAAGAAUUUUGCUGCUCUACUUGAGGAGCAUGACAUUUUUGUCCCAGAGGAUGACGACGACGAUGAUUAGCAGGGCAUGGAGCAGGUGCAGAAAGGGGAAAGCCCUCCCUUGAGAAAACUGGUGAUGUUUGCAGCCGCCUUUCCUUUCUUAGCAGCAGAAGGGUCCCAGAAAGCCCCCAACCUGCCAAUUCCAGUGAAGGCCCCUGUGUGGUCUGUGACUGUUGUCCAGAUUUUUAAGGUCUGGGAGGUUCCCUGAGAUGUGCUAAAUUAUAAAUAAAUGUAAUAAUUAUUAGCUGUUUGACUGAAUGACGGUUCAAGCUUCUCCGUACAAGUAGGCAGUUUCUCGUUCCUGCUGUCCUUUCUCUAUCAGCUGAACAUCGCAGCCUUUGAUUUACAAUCUGGGAUCUCCAGGCGCCUGUGGAUCCACAGUGUAAUUAUAGGAAAC